AUAAUUAAAUAACUUAUUUGCUUAACAAGUUUGCCACAUCCACAAACUUAAGCCAGCAUGAAGGGCUGGUUUGAUGCCUUUCGAGACGAUGGCGGUCCAACGCUUUAUUCAUUCUCCAAUCGCACACCCGUCACUGGUGAUGUCUCCAUUGUGGCGGUCUCUGUGCUAUUUGCCACGUUCUAUGUGGCAUUCUUGGUUAUAUUUCCAGGAGUGAGAAAACAGAAAUUCACAACAUUCUCAACGGUUACAUUGAGUCUUUUUGUGGGCCUAGUCAUACUAAUCACCCGCUUGGGCUCGGCGUGGCAUGUGUCGCAUGCAACGAUCAUUGCACCAUACAAAGCAUUCUCACGCGAAAAGCUGCCGGCCAAAAUCGGCACCCACAUUGGCCUAAUGCAUGUCAAUGUAACACUGACGGCCAUACCGAUUGGCAACUGGACACCGCCAGAUAUUGAUUAUAAUGAACGCUUCACCUGGGAGGGCGCCAGCGAUAUGAGCGCCAACUAUCGCCUGGCCCUGGAGCGUGGCCUCCCAUUUCCCAUACUCACUGUCGCCGAGUACUUCAGUCUGGGUCGCGAGGGCUUCUCCUGGGGCGGACAAUAUCGUGCCGCCGGCUACUUCGCCAGCAUCAUGCUCUGGGCCUCGCUGGCCUCGUGGCUGCUCAUGAAUUUGCUGCUGCUGGCUGUGCCACGCUACGGCGCCUACCUGAAGGCUCUGACCGGCGCAUUGCUCGUGUGCACCGCUGUGGGCUAUCAUUGCCUAUUGCCUCAGCGGCCGCUGAUCAUUUACUUGGAAGGCGGACGUCUAGAGUUUCGCUUUGGCUGGUGCUACUGGCUGGUGCUCGUGGCAGGCAUACUUUGCUUUAUCGCUGGCGUGCUCAUCUCCAUAAUUGAUCUGGUCUGGCCGCAUACGUUUUCUACGGUGCUGGAAGUCUAUUAUGGCACGCCCUAUGAUCGCCAUGUCAUCUUGGAGGAAUCUAGCGAUGUGCGCUAUCGCAAGCCACGCAACAGUCGCGGCCUAGAGGAUCCCCCUGGACUGGGCUCACGCAUUUUGCGACGUCUCAGCUCCAAGGCGCGUGAUAUGCAGGCCACUGGACUACGUCGUGAUAGCCCAGCGGGCGUCUCUAGCGUCUCUGGCGUGGACAACAAAGCCUUUCAGGGCGGUCCGCCAAAGAGUCCUUGGCGACAUCCGUUCCGGCGUGCCCAACAGCUGCCGCCUCAACAUGCACACGCGCUCACGCAUAUGCAACAGCAGCCGCACCAGCAUCAGCACCAGCACCAGCAACAUCAACAUCAUCAUCAGCAGCAGCUGCAAUUUGUGGGCGGUGGUCCGGUGGUGACGCAUCCGCUGCAUCAUAUGCAACGCACAUUGUCGCAGGACUCUGGCUCCAGCAUUGGUUCGGCUGCCAUGCAAAUUUCACCGCUGCAUAAGCACACCUUGGCCAGAAUGUUGCCCAAUCCACCCGUUGAGCGUAUACGCGAUAUGGAUCACUGGUGAUGCCCUCUUGACGUAAAUUUUAACUUUAAUGGACAAACAACAGCAAAACAAAAAAAACCACAACAAAAAAACGCUACAAAACAAUUUGUGAUAAUUUCUUUAAUUUAAUUACAAAACAUGACAAUAUUGCAUUAUAUACCUGACAUUACUUUAAUUCAAACAAAAACAAAAA